ACUAUGGUAGGUGAGUAUGGUCGGGAGGGACACAUAUACAUCAUGGCCGGAUUGGUUUGAGCAAGUUUUUUGUAACAAUAUAGCCAACUGCAUAGAGCCAGCUCAUGCAUAUUGGUUGGGAUGGACUUGGGGGCUGAGAUAGUGGGAUGCAUAUGCAGGAAACAGCCAGCUCAUCAGAACGAAUCCUAGAGACAGCAGAUUGAUCGAUCUUACUCCAGGAUUCCCGCGAACGGAUCAAAGCACUGGACGUAUCGACGAAUGUAUCGCAAGAACUGCAAGAGCAAGUAAAACUACCUUCAUUUUUUUUAAAAUAUAUCAUACCGUUAACUUUAUACAUCAUUGUGUCUGGAUGCUUAUAGUACUUGCUCUAAACUAGUCACUCCAUUCUAAAUUGAUCGUCUUACAUGUUUAUGCACCCAGACCAACGCUAAUUUAAAUCGCAUCAAUCAAGACACCAUACACAUAUUAUCUCACAAUACAUGCAUCGAUUAAAAUAUCAUACCAACUACAUCCUCCUUGCUACAUCAAUUGUAUUCCGAUGAAAUCCGUGUUCAUGCGGUUAUAUGAUGAUCAAUUUAACAAAAUUAUUAUAUGAUGAUCAAUUUGAGAACGAGAGAGAGUCGGCGUGGAUCUCGAAGCUAGUAAGAUCAUUACUGUAAUCUCUCUAUUUUAACUAGUGGUUGCGCAAAUCUCAAGGGAAGAAAAAUGUUUGCCCCCAACAAAUGGCUGCACUAAUUGGGGCUAAUUGUAUAUAGUAUAUAUAUACAGGAAAACUCGAUCGGUUGCUCAGUUGCAGGCUUGUUGUAGCUGGAGUAGCUAGCUACCUCUCACACGUACGUAAGGUCACACUAGCCACUAGCUAGGUACUGACUGAUCAAACCAGGAGAGGAAAUUAACCCGAUCGAUCAGCCAGCAGAGAGACCAAAGAAAUUAAGAUGGUGGUGAGUGCAUCCAUGGGGGUGAUGAACCCGCUGAUGGCAAAGCUCACCACGCUCAUGGGCGACGAGUACAAGAAGCUCAAGGGGCUCAGGAAGCAGGUCUCCUUCCUCAAGGAUGAGCUCACCACCAUGAGCGCUUUCCUCGAGAAGCUCGCGCUCAUGGAUGAUGAUGAUGAUGGUGAGCUCGAUCCUCUGGCCAAGGACUGGAGGAACCACGUCAGGGAGAUGGCCUAUGACAUGGAAGACUGCAUUGAUGAUUACUUCACAAGUCAUCUUGAUCAUCGUUACUCUUCCUCAGAUGCAGGGUUAAUCCGCAAGAUAGCUCGCCGUCUCAGGGCAUUGCGGGUGCGUCAUCGCAUAGCCAGCCAGAUCAAUGAGCUCAAGGCUCGUGUGGUCGAGGCAAAUGAGCGUCGCGUGAGAUACAGGCUUGAUGACUGUAACAACAAACAUGGUGUUUCUGCCAAUCCUGCUAUAGAUCCACGGAUAACAUCGCUCUACCAAAAUGCCGGGAGUCUUGUGGGUAUUGAUGGCCCAAGCCAAGAACUAAUCCAGCUGUUGUCGUUAGAUCGUGAUACCGAUCAACGACAACUCAAAGUGGUGUCCGUCGUGGGAUUUGGAGGUCUCGGUAAAACAACUCUUGCAAAAUAUGUGUACGACAAGAUCGGGCAUCAAUUCGAUUGCACGGCAUUCGUCUCAGUAUCCCACAAACCUGACAUAACAAGGAUCCUCAGUAGCAUCCAAUCCAAGCUUGACAUAGGGGGCACGUCUCAAGCUUGCGACGACGUGCAACAACUCAUCGACGACAUACGAGCCUAUCUGGAGCAUGAAAGGUAUAUUAUUAUAGUCGAUGACCUGUGGAAACAAGAAGCAUGGGUUAUUAUUAGUUGUGCCUUUCCAAACAAUGGCAAAGGUAGCAGAGUGAUAGUAACCACACGAGUGAAAGAUGUGGCCAGGUUGGCAUGUGGCAAGGAUGGACAAAUUUACAAAAUACAGCCUCUGAACAAUAAGGACUCAAGAAAGUUAUUCUUCGAUAGAGUAUUUAGGCCUGAAGAUAGUUGUGUCCUGCAGUAUGAAGAAAUUUCAACUGAAAUCUUAAAGAAGUGUAGUGGCUUGCCACUUGCAAUUGUUACUGUAGGGAGCCUCUUAGCCUGUCGACCAAGAACAAUGGAAGAAUGGAAGAGCAUACGGGAUUCUUUGGGUGCCCCGUUUGACAAAAACAAGAGCUUGGAAGGCAUGAGGAAUAUUUUAAACCUGAGUUACAAGAAUCUUCCUCUUCAUCUCAAAACAUGCCUCCUAUAUAUUGGUAAAUAUCCAGAGGACUAUGAGAUCGGGAGGGAUGAACUAGUUACGGAGUGGAUAGCUGAAGGUAUUAUGGGUAACCCUCAUGGGGAAAACUUGGAGGCUACUGGUAAUGGCUACUUCAGUGAGCUUAUCAACAGGGGCUUGAUUCAACCAGAGAGCACCGGCUAUGGUGGGGAGGUGUUGAGUUGCAAGGUGCAUGAUAUGAUGCUUGAUCUGAUCCUCAUCAAGUGUGCAGAAGAUAAUUUUGUCAGCGUUGCACACAGUUGUAAAGACUACAUGCGCAUGGCUAUGCACCAUGAGCGGAGUUGCAAUAAGGUCCGUCGGCUAUCCCUGCAGUGCAAGGCUGCAAGAUCAGAUUGCGCAAUUGAGGGCAGCGUCAUUUCUACAAGCAUGGCUCGUGCUCGAUCAGUUUCAGUGUUUGGUGAGUGUUCACGUGGGCUCCCAUUUCUGAUGCUAUCCAAGUAUAUACGGGUGGUGCACAUCGAAUUGGAAGGCCAUGGCGGUCAAGUCGACCUCACUGCCAUUAGCCAUGUGCUUCAAUUGAGGUAUUUGAGAGUGGAGACGCCUGGUUGUGAGAUAGAUCUCCCCAGCAAAAUAUGUGGGCUCGUGCAUUUGGAGACAUUGUCAAUAUUUUCCCAUAAAGCUGUAAGUCGGCUCCCUUCAGAUAUUAGCAGUCUUCCCCGCUUGUCAGUCCUGUCCCUGGUGGUUCCAUGGGCUACAAGGCUACCCAACAAGUUAAACAAGCUAAAAGGGUCACUACGCAGUCUCACCAUACUAUUCAAUCCCCCGGAUGCGUUAGGCAUGGAGGCCAUUGGUGAGCUGAAAAAUCUAAGGGACCUAAACAUCUCUGUUAACAGGUGGCGGGACGAUGAGAUCCUUAGCCUUUAUGCUCUGGGGUCUUCCAUUGGAAAACUGGAUGAACUCAGGAGUUUGCAAAUUCAUGUCCCACCUGCUACCUUAGGUGAUGUUGACCUGCUGGGCUCAUUACCCAUUUUUCCUCAAAGUAUCGAGAGACUAAUACUACACGGUUGGUGCUUCUCCAAAGUACCUCGAUGGAUCAACGGUACUCUCCGUAACCUCCAACAUGUGUUGCUGGAGGUAUCGGAGACAUCGAGUAGCGAGGUUGACCUUCUUGGUGAACUACCCUCCCUCGCCGACCUCGAGCUGAGAGUAGGACUCAAGACAAGAGAUGUCAUCGCGUUCGGUGGCACUAGAGCAUCAUUAUUCCCUGCUCUCCUGAAACUCAAGCUGCGUGUGGGUGAACACGUUGCCUCAAGGCUGCAGUUCCAGGCAGGGGUGAUGCCCAAGCUCCAAAGCCUCCAUCUGUGGUUCCGGAAUUGUGAGUCGGGCAUUCACGUAACACCGGAGGGUAUGCAGCACCUCCUGAGCCUCCAAAGCAUCUGCGUGGAGAUAUACCUCCGGGAUGAGGAGCUGAAAGCAACUUAUCCAUGGGACGCCAUGGAGCGUGCGUUCAGGGAAAUCACUGGAGCAAACCCCAACCGGCCUUCCUUCAAAUUUGUCAAGCAAGUCUGAUUUCUACAGCUGACUAUAAAUACUUGUCCCUCUUUUCGUUUUAUUGGUUUCAUAUGUAUGGUUUCCUUCAUUGGAUUGAUAAUACUCAUCUUCAUCUUUUCUUCUAUACUAUUAUUUUUUUCCCGACCAAAUUUUAUUAAGAGGAAAAGGAGGUUUACUAGUGUUUACAAGAUAGACAUUAAGCUGUCAAGGCGGGGUGACAACCAAACCGAUAUCAGCCCAAAAAGACAAAGACAGGGCAAGGGUUUCCAUUAAUCACACUCUCGAAAAAUCCUUGCUUCCUUCCAAAUGAUGAUUUCCUCCCUUAUAUCAUUAUACACCCGUGCCACUGAGUACGAACGUUGUUCGAAGAUCCUUGCAUUACGCUCUUUCUAGAUGAACCAGCAAACCAUCAUAAAAAGGGAGUCUAUAUAUACUAUAAUAAUGCACCAACUUUUCUUUUCUACAUUCACCGACCUAACAUUAAUGACCUGUGUUUCCACAGUCAUGAUAUCUCCUACAUCCGCCUCUUGUGCACACACAAAUCAGCAGCCAUCCUCAAAUAAAGCAUCUUUCCUUAGACGCCUUCCUGGGAUCUAAAGCAGAAUGAUCUGCCUGCAGUAAUCAGCAUACUCAUUCAAUUCAGAAAUAACAAUGGUGAGAUAAGUAUUGUACCAAUCAUGUAAUUUAAGGUGGCUAAAACUGGAUUAAAUUAAUCAACAGCAGAUUUGUAAGACCAACAAGUGAGAUUCAUGACAUGAAUCAUUAAAACAUACAAGGAGUUUGGGGGUAAAUCUUAACCCUUCUAGUUGCACUAUUACUGCUACUACAACAUUCAGUGCAGAAUCUUCGAUUGGCAUAACCUCUACUGGCUAAAGGUACAAGUACAGUUGAUGAUUAUUUUACCAAUUAAGUCCCAACCAUGAUUAACCAUCCCAAAUUAGUGACUUAAAAUUAUAAGCACACUAGUGGCAGCUGAUGAUUAUUCUCCUAAUUAAA